CGGAGGGUCGGCAGGCCUGGAGAGCGGCGCCCCUGCUUGGCGCCGAGCCUGAGCCCGCCGGACGGGAGGCGGCCCCGCCACGGGCCCUGCCUCGGUCCCAGCCCCGCCAGCAUGGCGGGCCGGACUGUGCGGGCCGAGACCCGGAGCCGGGCCAAGGAUGACAUCAAGAAGGUGAUGGCGACCAUCGAGAAGGUCCGGAGAUGGGAGAAGCGCUGGGUGACUGUGGGCGACACUUCCCUUCGUAUCUUCAAGUGGGUGCCAGUGGUGGACCCCCAGGAGGAGGACCGACGACGGGCGGUUGGUGGUGCAGAAAGAUCCCGUGGCCGGGAGCGGCGGGGCAGGGUCUCCAGUCCCCGAGGGGGUGGUCCUCUCAUCCUGCUCGAUCUCAAUGAUGAGAACAGCAACCAGAGUUUUCAUUCGGAAGGGUCUCUGCAAAAGGGCACCGAGCCCAGCCCUGGGGGCACCCCCCAGCCCAGCCGUCCUGAAUCGCCUGCCGGACCCCAAGAUGGGGUCCCAGAAGAGGCUCAGCCCCCACAGCUGGGCCAGGAGAGAGAUCCUGGGGGCAUAACUACGGGCGGCACCGAUGAACCCCCGAUGCUGACCAAGGAAGAGCCUGUUCCAGAAUUGCUGGAAGCUGAGGCAGGGACCCACAAGGCGCUGCUUCCCUCACAGCCUUUUGUGAAGAUCCAGGGAAACAAAAGAGGGCAACGUGCCUCCGUAACUGCUAGGCGAAACACGCCAGGUGUGUGUGGGUGGAGGACCGCAUCGCUAAGCCUCUUCCUGCCCAGCCGUGGGAUACCCAGGUCAUCUAGGCCAGGCCCCUGCCGGCGUCUCCUCCCGGGAGUUCUGUACUAGCCAUUUUGAUCGGGUGCAGCAUCGUAUCCCGUUUUGGGCCUCGAAUUCUCAGACUGUAAAAUGGAUGUGAGGAUCUUGGGGCUAACCGAGGACUGGCAGCUUCUUCGGAUCACUUACACCGUGGACUUCACUGUAUCCCUAUUAUACAGUCAAGGAAACUGAGACCCCCCAAAGAGGAAAAUUACUUUGGAAUAGCAAAGGUAGGCUUUCCCACCAGCUUCACCUAGUUAGGGCAGAGGCACAGUUCAAAGUCACGUUUGAACUUUGAUAUAUUUGCUACUUAUGAUAGCACUCCUGCUGCAGGAGUCUAAGGCCGUUUUAGAUAACCUCCACUAGGAAAAACUUAGGAUCCCCGGUGGUGCAAUGGUUAAGAACUAGACUGUAACUGAAAGGUCGGUAAUUUGAACCCACCAGCAGCUUUGCUGGAGAAAAGACCUGGCGAUCUCCUCUGGUAAGUGGGGCAGUUUUACUGUCACAUGGGGUCGCUAUGAGUAGGAAUCAAUUGGACAGCAUACAACAACAUUAAGAGCUUACUGUGUGUCAGUUCCCUUACAUGUCUUAUCUCCUCUCAUCUUUACUACAACCCUGUGAAGUGCUGCUGUUAUCCUCAUUUUACAGAUAAGAAAACUGAGGCUCAAAGAGGUUCUCCAGAGUAUAGAAGCAGGUCUGGCUAAAUGUUGCUGUUGUUAGGUGUCCUCUAGUUGGUUCGGACUCAUAGUGACUAUGUAGAACAGAACAAAACACUGCCUCGUCCUGUGCCAUUGUUGCUGUGCUUGAGCCCAUUGUUGCAGCCACUGUCAGUCCAUCUCAUUCAGAGUCCUCUUUUUUUCCUGAUCCUCUACUUUACCAAGCAUGGUGUCCUCCUCCAGAGGCUGGUCGCUCCUGAUAACAUGUUCAAAGUACAUAAGAUGAAGUCUGGCCAAACUUGCUUCUAAGGAGCAUUCUGGCUGUACUUCUUCCAAGACAGAUUUAUUCGUUCUUCUGGCAGUCCGUAGUAAAUUCAGUAUUCUUCACCAACACCAUAAUCCAAAGGCAUCAAUUCUUCAGUCUUCUCUGUUCAUUGUCCAGCUUUCACAUGCAUAUGAGGUGACUGAAAAUGUCAUGGCAUGAGUCAGGCACACCUUAGUUCUCAAAAGGGACAUCUUUGCUUUUCAACACUUUAAAGAGGUCUUUUGCAGCAGAUUUCCUCAGUGCACUAUGUCCUUGGAUUUCUUGACUGCUGCUUCCAUGGGCAUCAGUUAUGAAUCCAAGUAAAAUAAAUCGUUGACAACUCAGUAUCAUGAUGUUACUUACAGGUCUAGUUGUGAGAAUUUUUUUCUUUACGUUGAAGUAUAAUCCAUACUGAAGCGUGUAGUCUUGGAUCUUCAUCAGUAAGUGCUUCAAGUUCUCUUCGCUUUCAGCAAGCAAGGUUGUAUCAUCUGCAUAUUACAGGUUGUUAAUGAGUCUUCGUCCAAUCCUGAGAUCGAGUUCUUCUUCACAUAAUCCAGUUUCUCAGAUUAUUUGCUCAGCCUACAGAUUAAAUAAGUAUGGUGAAAAGAUACCACCUUCACGCGUACCUUUCCUGAUUUUAAACCACACAGUAUCCCCUUGUGUUCUAAUGACUGCCUCUUGGUCUAUGUACAGGUUCCACAUGAGUACAAUUAAGUGUUUUGGAAUUCCCAUUUUUCACAGUGUUAUCCAUAAUUUGUUAUGAUCCACACAGUGAAAUGCCUGUGGCUAUGUUGGAGGGAUAUAAGCCCAGGUUUGUCUGAGCCUGACUGGAAAAUCUAUUGGUUUUUUUUUUUAAUUAGCUAACAUUGAGUGUUUACUGUUGUCUGCCAUUGAGUUGAUUCUGACUCUUAGCAACCCCGUAUGUCACUGUAGAACUGCCCUGUAUGGGGUGGAUCACCUUUCUUUUCUCUUGUGGAGCACGGAGGCUGGAGCAGCUGGUGGGUUCCAACUACAGACCUUUCUGUCAGAGCACUUAACGAUUGCGCCACCUGGGCUCCUUUCAAGUAAUGCGUACUACUGAAUCCUUUACAAAAGGGGGAGAAGCUUAGCACUAUGACGUGAUGGUGAAUUCAUAGACCUAACUGAGUUAAAUCAUAAAGGUCCUGGUUCAGGUGUCUUUGAAUCCCUUUAAUUACCUCAAGGAGAAAGAAUUGGAUUUAAUGCCUUUCAUAUAUGUGUAUAUAUACAUAUAUAUAUUCACCUUUAUUGAAAUAUAAUUCAUGCACCCUACUUAAAAUUCACCCACUUAAAGGGUACAAUUCAGUGGUUUUUAGCAUAUCCAGAGUUGUGCGGCCAUCAUAACUAUCAAUUUCUGAGGAUUCUCGUCACCCCAAAAAGAAACUUUAUCAAUUAGCAGUUACUUCUCAUCUCCUCCAGCCCUAGGCAACCACUGAUCUAUUCCUUGUCUCUAUAGAUUGGCUUGUUCUCUACAUUUCAUGUAAGCCUUUUGUGGCUGGGAUAAGUUUUUUUAAAGAAAGUCUUGGCCUUAAGCUCAGAGCUUUGACCUCUGACCAUAGCCAGCUAGAACUGAAUAGCAUUGUUUUGAUUUUGUUGUUGUAUUUAUUUUUAUCAUUUUAGGGUGAUAGCCAUUUCCGGUUUAUGGUAGUGAUAUCAAGUUUCCUUUUUGAAUAAAUUCAUUUCUGUAAAAAAAAGUUCCUAUUUUUAGAGGAGAAGACUAAGUAAACAAUAAUAUAGGUGGAGUCUGUGAGUGGUGCAAACAGUUAAUGGGCUUAGCUGCUAACUAAAAAGGUUGAAGAUUCACGUCCACCCAGAGGCGCCUCAGAAGACAGGCCUGACAAUCUACUGGCCACUGAAAAUUCUAUGGAGAACUGUUCUGCUCUGACACACCUGGGGUUGCCAUGAGUCAGAAUCGACUUGAUGGCAACUAGUUAGACAGUAUACGUGGUACACAAAUGUGUCAGAUUGGGUAGGCUGUUUCCCUGGCCUGGGGCCAUCACCCUGAGUUACUACUGUAUGUCAGCCUUGGGCUAGGUAUAUAUACAAACAAUCUUUCUGUUCCUUGCUAUAGCCCAGCAAAGAGGUAUUCUGUCCAGUGUACAGACAAGCAAACUGAGGUUUAGGAAGGUAAAGUGACUCUCCCAGGCUCACACAACUAGUGGAGAAACACAGAUUGCAACAUGGAUGCCCUUCCUGAGUCCACAGCCCCCCAGUGACCUUCAGAAUUGAGAGCCAUAUAAGUCAGUUACUGGCAGAUGGUGACUGGCUGUGGUACUCAAGCAAGUCUCUGAACACACUCUAGCUCCAUUUUCUUAUCUGCAAAAUCUGUUUGUUCCCAACUUCCCACUGGAAGCACACUUUUUUAAAAAAUUAUUUAAAUUUAAAAUUUUUUAAAUGGCAAUCUCAAAAUAAAACUUAAGGACCACUGUGACGAGAGUGUUCUUAUAAAGAAAGGAGCCUCACUCCUUUUUGGGGAGUCAUGAAGCUCCAUUUCUAAGGCCUGUUCUAAGGGACCAUUUUCUAGAGCAGCAACUGGGCUGAGGGGCGCGGAGUUUGUGAGAAGGGAGAUGGGGGAUCCUUGAGCCCCGUUGGGAGCAUGAACAUGAUGGUAACAAUGGCUUCCAUUUACCGGGCCUUCUAACGUGCCAGGCACUCAACUACGGAAGCGGUGUAUGUGUGGGUGUCUCUGUGUGUACACAUACAUACUCUGGAGGUCAUGCUUUUGUCCACUGUCCUGCUCUACCUCUGGAUUUUUAGAGGGGACCUUUAUUAGCGAUCAUUUCAUUCUGCUUUCUAAUUUAGGUAUGAGGGACCAUUUCUUUGUUUAAUUGUUCAACAAUCAUGGAGGUACUGUUCUAUGCUAAGCCCCAUGCUAAACUCUUAGAAAAGACAGAAAAGACCAAUUCAAGGUGUUGGCAGUGGCAAUCUCUAAAUGCUAGGAAUACACUGUUACUUUGUUUUUGCUUAUUUGUAUUUCCUAACUUUCUACAAUGUUUUUAUGAUAAAAGGCUUUUCCCUGUCCUCAAAAGUAUGUCUCUUGUUUAUACAGUGCUCUUUCUCCAACUUAAUUACGUGUCUCAAAACCCCCACGGUGGGAGAAAUAUCAGGUAAGGAAGUCAAGACCUUGCACCGGAAAAGUAGCCCCCUAAUUCAAAUGACAGCCACAUCUAUAGUCCCUUCUAAGUGAAGGAAUCAAAUGUCAUGACACCUCACUCUCCUCCCCCCACAAAUCUCUCAUCGGCUCAGGAACUGGGAUGUCAACCCAACUCUGCAUAGCACUGAUUCUCAGCAGGGCAGUACUGGAUCUGAGUGUUUCGGAAGCUGAUGGGGCUGGUUUUGGUUGUCACAAUUUCUUAGAAUGGUACUGGCACAUACUUAGUGGGGCCCAAGGAGUCUAAUCACCCUGUGAUUCGCAGGGUAGCCCACACAAUAAAUGUCCUAUGAAUGCCAGUGACCUCUGUAAGUUGGCCUGGUGGCCUCUGAGGUGUCUGGGCCUAACUAGAACAUCCCUACAGGUAGUGAUUGAACUGACCUGGCUGAUAAGAUCCAGUCUUUUGGGAGUCUGAAAGCCAGGCCCAGAAAAGGUGAACUAAAGCUGAGGGGACCAAGAGGGGAAUGUGGUGGGGCCACUUCCCAGGGAGUGCAUAUGAUGUUUCUACAAAGCAGUGAUGUGCUAGGGCUUCCAUGCUUUCUAUGGAUCUCAAAGGGCUUGAGCAAUGGCCCAGGUCUGUGUGAGGCUCCACCAUGGACACUCAUCAGCCAAGAGGGCUUUAUAAACCUUUGAAAAAUCCUAUAAAGGUUUUUCCUUUUACUAAGUCAUUGAAUAGGCAAUAAAUGAUAUUUUAAAUAAUUUGAAACUACUUACUCUAUUAAUGGGUAUUCUACAUAGCCUUCCUUACUUUCACAUACCCUUCCUUGGUUUAAGGAUUCAUUCUUUUGAAGAGUUAUCCUGGGACAGGUAGUGUGUCUUCUAAGAGGGAUAUUCUUCUAUGGAACGUUCACUGCCUUUUUAAUUUUACAGCUUUAAGUCCUUAGGUCCUGACAAGGAAUGACUUAAGAUUUGUGUAGACUUGGUCUGAAAUUCUCACAGUUGCCUAAAAGUUGAGUAGAAAGGAGUAAAUGUAUAUAUGUAAGAGCUCUAUGGAGGUAGAAUUUGUGAUUAGGGAGGAAUUAUAACCCUGCACAGUGCCUG